CCAAAAUCCAAGAAGGAGCUCUACAUGGCUCUGUGCGACAACCCCGUCCUCAUUGACGAGGGCUAUACGAGCUUUUCACUGGAGAAAUGGAGUGGGAAGAAGUGCUAUAUGAUAGCUGCAAAGCGCCUUCGGAUUGCUUGGGGUGAUACUCCUCGAUAUUGGACAUGGAAAUCUGUGACUGAGUCCAGGUUUAAGGAGGCGGCCGAGCUUUCUGGUCAAGUAUUUUGGCUUGAAAUCCGUGGGAGAAUUGAAAAGCGCAUGCUGUCUCCAUCCACGACGUAUAAAGCUUAUCUGGUGUACAAGUUAACUCAACACACUUAUGGACUCAAUUGGGCUGCCGUGGUCACAGUUUGUGCAAGAGCUUAUGGCUUUGAUUAUGAAUGCCCUGGUUUGAAGGAAAUUACUGCAGGCAUUAAGAGCACUGCGUUUCUGGCACCCCAAAGAGAAAUAGAUGGACAGCUCGCAAGAAAUAAAAAAAUAAAAAAAGCUAAAUUUCCAAAUGAAGGCAGGGCGGAUGGGUGGCUGGAGAUGGAGCUGGGUGAGUUUCACUAUCAAGGGGACGAAGACGGGGAGUUGGAAAUGAUUUGUUGUGAGAUCAGAGGUUCAAGUAAGAGUGGUCUCCUUGUUCAAGGGAUUGAGGUCAGACCAAAAAGGAGAUAACAUGUAUGGAUAUAGUUAUCCAUCAUGAUCAUGGUGAUUUGCCACCCUUAGUAGAGAUACCUUCUUAAUUAAGU